GCCGAGAAAAAGUUUUUUUAAGGUUUUAAAUCAAGUUUAAAGUUUUCUGGAAGUCACUAAGUGCUCUUAUUCUCAAAUACUGGAUGAAUAGAGUCUGGGUAUUUGUGUGAGAUCAGAUUGAUAUGGCUUCUGCGCGACGUUCAUGCAUGAAUAAUCCAGACGUUUUCUGCUACAUCUGCAGAGAAUACACGCUUUCAGUGGACAGGAAGAACAUCACGGGAUUUGUGAAGAAUGCCUACCAGGCUUACUUUCAAGUCAAGCUGGGUGACCAAGAUAAGCCCUGGGCACUGCACACGGUCUGCAAGAAGUGCGUGGAAUACCUCCGGCGGUGGACGAAGGGCACGAAAACUUCACUGAAGUUUGGGAUUCUGAUGGUUUGGAGGGAGCCCUUGGACCAUGCAUCGGAUUGUUCCUUCUGCGCCAUCAAUACUACUGGCAUCAACCGGAAGAAUCAGCACAGCCUCCAGUACCCCGACCUUCCAUCUGCCCACCGUCCAGUUGCUCACUGCGAAGAAAUUCCUGUACCAGCGUUCACAGAGCUUCCUAACAUCGACGACGAGGCCACCACUGCAGACGAGGGAGGAUAUAUAGCAGACGAGGAGUAUGAAGCACAAGAUGGUCGGCAGCUCUUUUCACAAUGUGAGCUUAAUGAUCUUGUUCGGGAUCUCAGCUUGUCGAAAACUUCAUCCGAGCUGUAUCACUUUCUUUCGUAGAAGGCAUGAGGACUACAUGGGCUACUUCUGCCAGGAGGAAGACCUAGUGUACUGCCGAGAUGUCGCCGGUCUUCUUGUUAAACUCGGGGCUCCUACAUACGAUCCGAGAGAUUGGCGACUCUUUAUUGACAGCUGCAAGCGCUCUUUGAAGUGUGUGCUCCUCCACAACGGGAACGAGUUCGCCUCAAUCCCUCUUGCUCACUCCACAACUCUCGUAGAGAAAUAUGAAGCAGUGAAGUACGUGCUCGACAAAAUCCAAUAUGAGCAGCACCAAUGGAUCAUCUGCGUCGACUUCAAG